UCCUAAAUUGUUUCCAAAAUUUUUCAAUUAUUUCAGAAGUUAUCAUCAAUCAAUUUAGAUUUACAUUGAUUAAAAAUGUCGUGCAAUGAAGAUAUACGGCGUUUAAAAAAUAAACUAUCAUUAGAUUUUAAUCAGCCACGAUCAUCUAAAAAACAGAAAGCAUGUCAAUUGACCACACCAGAUUUAGAUAAAUUAGCCCUGUCAACGCCUCAAAUGGCUGAAUAUUUGAAAACUAUUCCAACAAUCGGACCGUUACCAACAUUUACACGGAAUGUAAAUGCUGAUGAUGAAGAGAAACAAAGAAUGUUAGAAAUGUGGUCAAAUCAAGCACAAAUGAAUUUCGCUACAACAAAUAAUGAAAUCGAAACUAAUACGUCCACAGCAACCAAUAUUGGUAGUGAUCAUAAAUCUAAAAAUAUAAAAAAAGAAUCUGAAUCAACUGCUGGUAAAAAUAAUGCCAAAAACAAUAAAGGAUUUCAACCAAUCAACAUGGAAGAUCAGGAACAAGCUAAAUUGGAAAGAAAACGACUUCGUAAUCGAAUUGCAGCAUCGAAAUGUCGACAACGAAAAUUGGAACGUAUACAUUGUUUGCAGAAAAAAGUGGAUGAAUAUAAUAACAAGAUCAAUGCAUUGCAACGAUUUGAAACUUUAUUGAAAGAUGUCAAUAAUCAAUUGUCCGUACAGAUUACAAAACAUCGUGAUCUAGGUUGUAAUCUAAGAUGAUGAUAGCAAUGUGGAUAAAUAAUGUAAUCGAAUCGGUAAUAAUUUCGCAACAUGUACAUAUAGAUUAUUAUUUAUAUAUGAAAAAUUUUAAAAUUCAUUAUUAUUUUUUGAUAAAUGCAAUAAAAAUUUUAUUAU